AUGAGGUCUAUUUCUGUAAAUCCCGAACCUACCAGACGAUCCCAUUACCACCGCAGAUGUCGCGCGCUACUGCCGUCGCCGUGGGAGGAUCCUUCUCGACCACUGCCCGGCGUCGUAGGGAGCUGGCGGUACCUGUGAGGUGUUCGCUCUCCGCCGCUGGCCUGGCGGCGGUCGCGCCGAUCCUGAGGGACCUAAAGAUGAAGUGCGACACUCCGCUACCGGUUCUCCGGCACGUUGCCGACUCCAUGUCUGCUGACAUGAGAGCCGGCCUCGCCACAAAUGGUGGAAGUGAUCUCAAGAUGAUCCUUAGCUAUGUUGAUUCGCUUCCUACAGGGAAUGAACUGGGGCUCUUUUACGCGCUAGAUCUUGGAGGCACCAAUUUCCGAGUGCUGAGGGUGCAGUUGGGAGGUAAAGAGGAGCGUAUCAUCGACACGGAGUUCGAGCAGGUUUCCAUUCCUCAGGAACUUAUGUACGGCACUACAGAGGAAUUGUUUGAUUUUAUUGUCUCUGGGUUAGCGAGGUUUGUUGAGAAAGAAAGCACGAAGUUUCAUCUUGCUGAGGGAAGUAAGAGGGAGAUCGGUUUCACGUUCUCUUUUCCAGUGAAACAGACAUCUAUUGAUUCUGGCAUUUUGAUCAAGUGGACCAAGGGUUUUGCAGUUUCCGGGACGGCAGGAAGAGAUGUUGUUGUAUGCUUGAAUGAAGCAUUGGUGAGACAAGGAUUAGAUAUAAGAGUUUCUGCUUUGGUUAAUGAUGCUGUCAGUACCUUAGCUGGGGCACACUAUUGGGAUGAAGAUGUCAAGGUUGCGGUCAUCUUGGGUACCGGUACCAAUGCAUGCUAUGUCGAAAGUAUAGAAGCCAUACCAAAAUUGCAGGGAUCAGCAUAUGGAUCUGGAAAAACAAUUAUCAACAUUGAAUGGGGGGCUUUCUCAACUGGCCUUCCUUUGACUGAGUUUGAUAGAGAGAUGGACAAUGAGAGCAUUAACCCUGGAGAACAGUUAUUUGAAAAAACAAUAUCAGGAAUGUAUUUGGGUGAAAUUGUGAGAAGAGUGUUGAAAAAGAUGGCCAAAGCUUCCACUUUGUUUGGUGAUUCUUUCCCUGAGAAGCUUUCUGUUCCAUUUUCACUAAGCACUCCUCAUCUUUGCACAAUGCAGCAAGAUGAUUCUGGGGAUCUCGACAAGGUUGGGCUUAUUUUGAGUGGCACACUUGGCGUCAAAAACUCCUCUUUAGGAGCAAGGAAAAUUGUCCAAGACAUUUGUGAUACCAUAGUUAAACGAGGCAGUCGACUUGCCGGUGCAGGGAUUGUAGGUAUUCUGCAGAAGGUAGAGCAGGACUCCAUAGGACAAAUCUUCCAAAAAAGAACUGUCGUGGCAAUGGAUGGUGGCCUCUAUGAACAUUACCCUCAAUAUAGACACUAUCUCAAAGAGGCUGUCGCCGAGCUACUUGGGGUGGAGGUCUUCAAAAAUGUCUUCAUAGAACACACAAAAGACGGUUCAGGCAUUGGAGCUGCCCUGUUAGCAGCAGCAAAUUCUAAGUAUUUCGCUUGACAACAUCACAACUUGUGAUGCAAACAAAGCCUAGUGAUUGAUUCUUCUUGUGCAAUUUUGGUCAGUGUAUCUGAUAAAAAAUCAUCAACGCCCUAUGGUAUGGGAGCAGCUCGCUUGGCAGCUGAGCAAAUUCCAAGUAUUCGGUAGAGAGAAUAACUUGUAGUAUUCUUAUUGAAUAAGCAAGCAUCUACAUAAAGAGAUGUGAUACACAAUGCCAAUAGAAUAGUCCGUUCAAAAUAGCCUAGUAACAUAGUCUGUUUGUGCUGAACCAACUGAAACAUCGAGCUUGCUCACCUCAGUUCCUCCCACCAAAGACAGGAUUCCGUAUAAGGCAUAAAAAUCUGCUUUCUUUGUCCAAACCACUGAUGCUCUAUGGGAUAAAGUGAAAUCUUGGCUCAGCAUACGCCAAGAGAUGAACACCUUGUUUUUCAUUGGCAGUUCCACGGUAACAAUCGAUUGAUGAAAGUCCGUUACUUGGUAAUGUCUUGUAUGAUUUUUUUCAUUUGGCAAGUUCCAAAUAUAGAGAAGAUGUUUCUCAAGAUUCAAAUGUAUGUAUUUUAUUUUUUGAUCGUCUAAUAUGUAUAUCCUCACU